AUGCCUGCCUUACUCUCAAGACCCAAAAAAACUAGUAAGAGAGGCGUUCAACUUACAUUGAUGAUCGUUGGGGCUUCUGGGACUGGUCGAACAACAUUUAUCAAUACGCUCGUAGGAAAGAAAGGCUGGCUCUCGCACGCUGACCCAAUUAAAGAAGGAGCUACAGGUUCGACAAAUCCGUCUCGUCGUGAACUACCCGAAGUUCAGGUUACUACAAAGUCCGUCGAGCUUAAGGAGGAUAAUGUUCAUAUCUCCCUUACUGUUUGCGAUACACCAGGGUUUGGUGAUAAUCUAGAUAACGAGUCGGCCUUUGGAAUCAUCAAUCAAUACCUGGAUGAUCAAUAUGAAUCAAUGCUUGACCAAGAAAUGCGAGUCAAACGAAACCCACAAUUCAUUGAUGAUCGUGUACAUGUGAUCCUAUACUUCAUCACACCUACAGGACAUGGCCUGAGAGAAAUUGAUAUCGAGUUCAUGAAAAGGAUUGCUCCUCAAGCAAAUGUGAUUCCGGUCAUAGGAAAGGCAGAUUGCUUGACUGUCUCGGAGCUGAAGGACUUCAAAAAGAGGGUCAUGGAAGAUAUUGAACACUAUGGAAUACCAGUGUUCAACUUCCCUUUUGAAGAAGAGUACGAUGAUGAGGAGGUGAUCGCUGAAAAUACAGAAUUAAGGAAAAAUUUGCAGGAGAUGUUACCAUUUGCCAUAGGUGCAUCGGAAGAGGAUGUUGAAUUCGAUGGGGAGAUCGUCCCAGGUAGAAAGUUCCCUUGGGGUACGUUCGUAGUAGAUGAGCAUUCUGAUUUUGCUACAUUACGAAGUGUCCUCUUUGGUACACAUCUCAAAGAACUACGGGACAUCACAAAAGAGGUCAUGUAUGAAAAAUAUAGGACAAAGGCGUUGAGUAAGAGAGUAUCUGAGCCUGACAAGGACCAAGAGGGAUCUGAGGAAGUUUCUAUGCAAUUCUUACAAUCAAAAGAAGAAGAAAUCAACAAAGAGAAAGAGAACGUGAUGGAAGUGGGAAUGAGAGUUCAAAGAGAAAUAGAGCAAAGAAAAUUAGAAAUUCAAGCAAAGGAAGAAAUGUUGAGAGAAUUAGAGAGAUCGCAAAAUUCGGGCUCCUAA